AUGCCCUCCACCAUCUGUCACCGCCGUACAUCCCACAAAGUUGCGGCCUUAUUGUUCGCUCCGCGGCAUCGUACACAACGAACGCAGAGUCAAUUUGGUUCGACCACAGGCCCCACAUCCGGUGCCAAAACGGAUUUCUCUGGCAAAGACGGUAGUAACAGUAUUAAUCUUAGUAGCGACACAGACGAAGCGAAAGGAAACGACUGGCAUGGAGGCGGGGUGCCGCGCGAAAACCGAUCCUUCCAUUUUGACCCCAAUAAACUGCCUGACACAAUUCCUGGCUUGGAACGCAGGGAGCUGGCGGCGCGGUUGGAAGAACAACAGCGGGAGCUGGCGCAGAAGUAUCAGCAAUCGGCGGCAGACGAUCUGGCGAAAGCGAUCGACCUGAUGCGGCGGGCAAUGCCACCGGAGGAAUUCAAGCGUUUCCUACAAGACGUAGAGAAAGCAGCGGCUGAAGGGUCAAAGGAGGCAGCAAGGAUUAGCGCCAUGUCUCCCGCGCAACUGUACAGGUAUCAGCGCCGUCAGCGGCGCCGGCAGCGCGUCCAGCUCUUCGCAAAAACAGUGAUGUUAUUUGUGUCUGUCUUUGGAUGCGUAUUUUUUUUGUUCUUCUUUUUUUUCUUCUUUCAUUAA